AUGAGUAGAAGUCCUCAAAGCCCACAUUUUCAAGUUCCUCUCCGUGACCAAGAAGGAUGGUAUAAAUCGCAUUUCGAAGCGAGCACUGGGGUACCGGCCACUCCUUGGAGCACAGACAAGACAAUAGAAGUACAAGUCGGAUCGGAGACGGCUGAGGUAGAUCUGGAGGACGGUAGUUGUCAUAUCAAACCCUCGGGUGCAACAGCAGUCUCCAGUUUUCUUCCUCAAAAUUCACCUCCAGAGGCUCAGAUCGACGGUGAAGAAGGGCCAUACCUUGAACCAAAACCUGAAUGCGAAGACCGCCCAUCCGAUGCACUUGAUCUUCAGAAGAUAUAUCUUCAUUCAGAUCCCCAUGUCUGUCUUGUUGAUGCGCCGAAGGAGAACAUAGGUGUAGCGAAAGCAAAACUCGAAGCUAAACUCAAAAUUGAAACUGCCGAGAGCACCCUUCGGGGACAAAGUGAAUUCUUGCAUAACUCCAUUGAGACCACAAUGGGCAAACCUAUGCAGCCGCUGCAGGACGGAAAUCGCGCAUUUGAAAACGUCGACUCUAAGUCUCCGCGUUUGAUCGCCUUAAAAAACUUUGUUCUUUCUGAAUUUCUAUUCAGGGCAGGUACUCUAAGUUACUUGCUGUUCGUCGUCAAAAUGCUUCGAAAGAUCUGGACAAUGUUUCAGAAUCAAUUUGCCGUUGCUGUUGGACAUCUGGUUGUCAGUGUGGGUUUGUUCAUUGUGAUUCAAUAUUGGGGCACAAAACCAGUAGAAAUACAAGCUGUUGGCCAAAGAUCGAGGUUUUCACGAAUUAUUGUCGAUAUCACUGUCCUAGCAGGCGCUUUCAUCUGCACUUCCAUUGUCUGGCAAUUAGUAUCUGUUAUUGGAGGAUCAGUAGUAAAGAUACUCAGGAUGUACUUUUGA